AUCCCCAACCCCUCCACCGCCGGCCGUAAGUGAAGCCGACGAGCCCCGCGGCCGAAGAGGCUUGCAGCCCCGGGCCCGCCAUGCUUCGUGGCCCGUGGCGCCCGCUCUGGCUCUUUGUCCUGCUGCUGCCGCUCCCGGGCGCGCUCGAGCCCCGCAGCGCUUCUAGGCUGUGGGAGGAGACCGACGAGCCGCGCUCGCCCUGGGCCUGGCCGGGCUUCCAGCGCCUGAAGGAGCAGCUGAGGGCGGCCGCCGCCCUGUCUAAGCGGUACUGGACGCUUUUCAGCCGCCAGGUGUGGCCCGACGACUGUGACGAGGACGAGGAGGCAGCCGCGGGGUCCCCGGGCUGGCGCCUUCCCCUGUUGGGCCAGCGGUACCUGGAUCUCCUGACCACGUGGUACUGCAGCUUCCGAGACUGCUGCCCCAGUGGGGAUUGCAGAAUCUCCAACAACUUUACAGGCUUAGAGUGGGACCUGAAUGUGCGGCUGCAUGGCCAGCAUUUGGUCCAGCAGCUGGUUCUAAGUACGGUGAGGGGCUACCUAGAGACGCCGCAGCCAGACAAGGCCCUUGCUCUGUCGUUCCAUGGCUGGUCUGGCACAGGGAAGAACUUCGUGGCGAGGAUGCUGGCAGAGAACCUGUAUCGGGAUGGGCUGAGGAGUGACUGUGUCAGGAUGUUCAUUGCCACGAUCCACUUUCCUCACCCCAAGUAUGUGGACCUAUACAAGGAACAGCUAAAGGGCCAGAUCCGGGAGAUGCAGCAGCUCUGCUAUCAGACCCUGUUCAUCUUUGACGAGGCUGAGAAGCUGCACCCAGGGCUGCUGGAGGUGCUUGGGCCACCCUUAGAACGCCGGGCCCCUGAGGAUGACAGGGCCGAGUCUCCAUGGACUAUCUUUCUGUUUCUCAGUAACCUCAGGGGCGAUAGAAUCAAUGAGGUGGUCCUAAAGUUGCUCAAGGAUGGAUGGUCCCGGGAAGAAAUUACGAUGGAACACUUGGAGCCCCACCUCCAGGCAGAGAUUGUGGAAACCAUAGACAAUGGCUUUGGCCACAGCCGUCUUGUGAGGGAAAACCUGAUUGACUACUUUGUCCCCUUCCUGCCACUGGAGUACCGUCACGUCAGGCUGUGUGCGCGGGAUGCCUUCCUGAGCCAGGAGCUCCUGUAUACAGAAGAGACGCUGGAUGAAAUCGCCCAGAUGAUGGUGUAUGUCCCCAAGGAGGAACAGCUCUUUUCUUCCCAGGGCUGCAAGUCCAUUUCCCAGAGGAUUAACUACUUUCUGUCAUGAAGGCUAGACAGAGACUUCCUGGAGCUGCCUUUCUUCCACUAACAGCACCCUGGGACCUGUAGGAGCACCCUGUUUGGGACGGUGAGGUGUUUGAGGGGGUGUGGACUGGUAUCCAGCAGUCAUUAACACACAACUGGUGUGCAAAAGGCAGGCCUUACAUAAGCAGAGCCAAUCCUUUUUUUUUUUUUUUUCCUGAGGUCCCACUGAGAUAGGAACUUGGAUCGCUGGAUUCAAAAAAAACAGCCAAUUCUUGAGAUCACUUAGUGCCUUAAAGACACAUUCCAAAUGGAAUGUGGUUGAAGCAAGUAGGCCAGGUGGUUGCAGGAAGCCCCAUGCGGGAGCUCAACAAAUGCCAAGGGCUUAUGACACUGCAGAUGGUCUCCUUAGCAACUUAGCUCUUCUGCAAGGAAGAGCUUCGGUGUUGGGCCUCAGAGGCCAUAGGGUCCCUGGGUUGCAGAGCAGGAGAGAAUGAAGUUCUGUGACCCGGGGGUGGAGAGUACACUCUAGGUUUGUGGGCUGGGGGGGGGGCCUUCAAAUUGGUGCUCCCAGAGGAAAGCCGAGCUGCUUCUGUUAUGAGCAGAUCAGCAAAGAGCAAGAUACUUUAAAAAUCAGGUCAGUGUAAGCCAAGACUUAUUAUGCUCCACAGAUUUGGAAGGGAGGAAAAACUUUUUAAAAACAAUUAAGGGUCUGGACGUGUUAUAUGUAAAGAUUAAAAUUUUCUAUUUUUCUAAAA